AGUACUGAGCACGACCAGGUAGUGGUUGUAGGAAUGAGCAGUAUGACUCUGUCUCGAGGCCUAAAAAUUUCGGAUUUUUUUACAACUCCAACUUGAUACCACGGUCAACUUCUGAAUGAUCCGCCUUACAACUUUCAAAGUUCAAUUCUUGUUUCCCUCUAUUGUAUUAAGCCCGCAACGACGACCCUAACGACUCCGUGACGACCAUUUUUACAUUAAGAACCUCAAUCUCUUCAUCCUCUAUUACUAUUUCUAACCUCCACUAAGAUCAAAAAGAUGUCGCUCACAGUUCGUCAGGCUUCUCAGCUUGCGCCAGUUGUACGUCAGGGUAUCGACAAAUUGGCGAAACAGCUAGACGAUCAGGAGGAGAUUAUCAAAUUUUUGAAGCCAACACUGCGCGCAAAUGCUUUGAAACUAGAAGCGGUUACGAGCAAGGUACUACUGCUUGUUCAGUAAGAUGAUGAUCAAUUUCGAUGUCAUGAUGAAAAAGAAGUACAAGAUUUUUUUACGUGCUUUAGUUCUUCAUUCCUAUCACGUUCUUCUUCGUCCAGUUCGCACUUGCAGUCUUCAACAUUACAAUUACUACGAACUACUCACACCUUAUUUCAACAGCUUCGAGCAAUCGAGAGCGACAAAAACUCUUUGCGCGCGACCUUGGCUCAGCUUGAUGAGGCGACAACGAAUUUUGAGGAAAUCUACGUGCAAAAGCAAGCACUUCUGGUGCAAAAUUUGCAGAAUACGGCAGACAGAAUAGGAACGACCCAGACACUCACAAACAGCAUUGUUAUGGAGAUGCCACAUCCGUAUUGAUAUACUUAAUCUAUAAAUUUUCGCUUCUGUUUGUAGUGACUCGUCCUACAACCGUUUAUCUAGGGUCAAGAAGUCCUGUGCUCAUUGUUCUUUCAUGAUCUCAUCCCUUUUUAUCAUUUAGUGGAUAACAUGAUCGAAUCUACAUCUACAACUUACCUACCACAACAGGUAUUUCCAGCAGUUGGCGAGAGAUUAUCAAGCACAGUUAGACAGAUUGAAGCAAACAAUUGCGGAUAGUCAGCGAGCUUUACAGGGAUAUCAGAAUGAGAAACAAGAGGCAGCAGCGACUAACGAAAUUCAAGAAGCAGCGAUAGUGGUAGUUGUUGAUAUCAUGAUGCAUGAUGAUGUGUUUUUAGCGAGAUGUUGUACUAUUAUCAUUUGAUAAUUGUGAAGAGACUCAGACUACAACAACAUGGUCCUCCUGCUGGCUCAUCCUCCAUGCAUUGUUCAUGACACUAGUAACAUCAUCUUGAUAUUAUUACGUAGAGGUGAGACAUUCAUGUUGAUUGAUGGUGUAGAUUACUUCUCCAUCUCUACCUCUAUUAGGGCCGCAAGAUCGAAUUGUCUAUCCGUGCCAAUUACGCAUGCUUUCGACAUGUUGCGGGGGCUCUGCUCAACCUCGAAGAGAGGUCAGAACAUUUGAAGCAAGUCGCCAUGCGGGAAAGGGGCAUUAACAUGAGGUCGAUCCUCACUCUCCUCAACGCCUCUGACGACCCUGCUUCUGCUGCUAGCGGUGGACUAGGAGGAGCUCAUGCUCAGAAUGGGGCAAAUACGAAUAACGGAGGUGGUAGAGCAGGCGCACUUGGAGGUACUACGGGAGCAAACGGUACUGCAACUAGUGCUGGCAGUAAUAAUAUGUUAGGAGGGUCACUAGGAACAGGUGCAGGAGCUGGAGGAAAUCCGGUUUUCGGAGGUGGCUUGGUUAGCGGCCAAGGAGUAGGGAACAGCAAUACACUGUUGGGUGGCCAAGUGCCUAAUCAGCCAGGAGCACCUGGAGGAGGUGGACUUUUUGGCAAUACCACGACUACUGGUGCAGCAAGUUCUGGAGGUGGUUUGUUUGGCAAUACUGGGACACAGCCAGCAGCAGGUGGCUCUCUAUUCGGAAAUACCACAGCACAGCCAGCAGCUGGUGGAACUACGUCUCUCUUCGGAGGAGGAGCAGCGCAGCCCGCUGCUGGAGGCAGUUUGUUUGGAUCACAGCCAGCUGCAAAUGGAGGUGGUAGUUUAUUCGGUGCAGGUGCGAAUAAACCACAAGGUGGAAGCAUCUUUGGCAGAUGAUGAUGAAAGAUUGCAUAGUUAGAAGUCUCUUGCUCUUCCUCACAUCAACACGUCAGCUUCACAAUCUACGCUUAUUUCCACAACGCACAUCUUCACCGUGAAGAUUCCUCGAAUUAAUUUGAUCACGACUAAAAAGUCAUUUGUCAUCGAGACCUGUUCGAUGAGUUACCUCAAGAAUCGACGAAUAUUUAUAACAUGCAGCAGAGCAGAAGGAGGACGCUGAUGUAGCUGUACAUGUGAACGCUGUAGCUGUACAUGUCGGCGUUCUUCCUCUGCUAGUACGACGUAC